AUGUCCAUCACCGCCACCACGAUGCGCCUCAUUAUGCGCCAGAUCCAAGACAUUGAGAUGAACCCCACCGAUGGCGUGCGCAUUCACAAGUCCGACAACCUGAACGAGUUGUUUUUUGACAUCACAGGGCCGGAGGGAACCCCGUUUGCCGGCGGCGUCUUUCACGUCGCGCUGUACUUUGAGAAGGGGUACCCGGAGGUGCCCCCGCGUGGGGCCUUCCGCACAAAGAUUUUUCACCCCAAUGUGGCGGAGAAGGGAGACAUUUGCGUGAACGUGCUUAAGCGGGACUGGAAUCCGAGUCUUGGGCUACGUCAUGUGAUCAUGGUGAUCCGCUGCCUCCUGAUUGAGCCAAACGCAGAGAGCGCGCUGAACGAGGAGGCGGCUCGGCUUCUUCUUGAGGAUUAUGACGCCUACAGACGGAAGGCGGAGAUGAUGACUAAAGUGCACGCCAUGAAGGGUGGCAGGCCACCGAAGGGCACUCGGUCGUUGCCUUCCGACAAAAGCAGAGAAAGUGGUCCGCAGCUUAUUGGAGGCACCGCCGGCAUAGGCGGUGCCAGUGCGUGUGUAGUAGAGGGCGUCGGGGGCUCGCAACUCCGUAACACGUCGGAGUCGGCGCUGAACAACAGAAGCGCUGAGGGCGGUAAUUCCUCGACAGUUGUUGCUUCCACCAAAGCAGUGGAAAAGAGACGUGUGGUCGUCAGGCGCAUCUGA